AUGGUCGUGACAGCUGAGAAUGAACAUGAAAGUAAAGGUCCUACGAUCUUGGCAGUUCUCUGGACGCUGACAUCUUUGACCUUUCUGAUUGUCGCUGCUCGAGUUUUUAUUCGCUUGAAAAUGCUGAAGAUGUUUGGCCCUGAUGACUACUUGAUUGUAGUUGCAAUGGCUCUUGGUCUGGCCUAUUGUGGUGUCACGACAGCUUCAGUUAUGGCGGGAUUCGGACAACAUCAAGAUGUUGUUCUACAGGAUCCUAGUCUCAACUUGUCAGCAGCGAUGCUUCUGAAUAACCUCUCAUUUCUGCUCGGUAUCCUCUCAUUUACCAUUCCGAAAAUAGCAGUGACGGCUAUGAUCACAAGAAUCUUCAAUCCGGGAAUGGUACAAAAGAUCAUUCUGUGGACACUAGUCUCCAUGACGGCGGCAGUUUCGUGUAUUUGCAUCAUCAUUCUUUUCACUAUGUGCGACCCUCCCCGUGCACUAUGGACACCAGAACUAGUACAAACGGGCCAAGCGACCUGCAAAAGUACCUGGAUGUUGAUUGACUACGCAAUUUUUACUGGAGCCAUGUCGGCUACUGUCGACCUUUAUCUUGCCCUCUACCCCAUGGUUGUCUUAAUGAACCUGCAGAUGUCCCUGCGUAAAAGAAUUGCAUUGUCUGCUGCUCUGGGUCUAGGUGCCAUAGCCGCGGCCAUGGCCAUUGUGAAAUGCACUCAGUUGCACGGGCUUGCAGACAAAUCUGACUAUACAUAUGGCACCGCCGAUUUGAUUCUUUGGACCAACAUAGAAGCCAACGUGGUCACCAUCGCUUCGUGCAUCCCGACGUUACAACCACUACUUGAAAUUAUCCUCGGGAAACGAUCUCUCGGCUCCUAUAGCAACGGUCAUAGCGGAGCUUAUAAAGGCAGCAAUACACAAUGGAACUCCACUCACGAGCGAAGCAAAAGAUCAGUCGCAAGGAAGGAUGAUUUGGCUAUUACCAAUGUGGAAAGCCAAGAGAGUAUCCUGCGUGCAGAUCAUGAUAAGGAUAUUAAUUCGGCACCGAAAAGCAGCAAUGACUUUCCCAUGAGCACUCUGGCUAUUCAUCGAACAGACAACUUUACUGUCGAGUACGAUUCACAGUCUCGUGCUCGAGAUGAUAGGAAAGGCUCGUGGUAA